GUUGGGAUGGACUAACCAGCUUGGGACUCUGUAGCUUGUGUCCAGACGAGAGCACCAUUGGACCUCAUGGAUGGAUAGAAGACGGCUAUAAAGGGAUUAUUUUGGCUGCCGAACACAGGAGGCACGCUGUGCCAAGAGGGAUCAACUGGAGGCAGACACUUCAACAGCCAUUUAUCCUGUUAUGGAACCAAUGUGUGUUGUUUGAUACAGCAACACGGUGAUAAAGCGCUAACGGCUUUAGCAGAGAGACAAGGUCCGGCGUGUUGGAAUACUUCUCGAAGGAAUUUACCCUGUUGGACAGGGGAUUUAGGGAUUUUUUGCCAUGUGUCAAAUCAGCUUGCCAGCAGCCCCAAAUGACAGUCUCCCUUGACAGGAGAGAAGCGAGUCGUCAACGAAAGAUGGCCGACAACGCCAUCCCACCCCUGAUGCUUUUGUCUACAGGGCAAAUGCGUUGGGGUGGAGUACUUCCAGGUUUCAUCCUACCCUCUUUCCCUCUUUUUUCUCUACUCCUCUAUACUCUCAUAUCUUCCUCAAUGGCUGUUGUUAGUUUGCCGGGAUUAGACUAUGACUAUGGAGCCCAGCCCAAGUUUGUUUGCACCCCAAUUCCAGCGGACGCAGACCCCAGCUGCUUCACACCAGGUGGGGCAGCACACGGACCUGCCCACGACAGACCCAGCAGUAAUGGGCAUCAUGGACCUGCUGCAGGGGCACCCAAUGGUAAUGGCAGGAGGCCGAUGGGAAUGGGAAUGGGGAUAGGAAUAUCAGACGAGGCCAAAUCCACCAUCCUGCACCUUCGAGAGAGCCUGGUGCGGCAAAAGGAGACCAUCUUAGACCAGCGGGAGACAAUCAGGGAACUGACUGCCAAGCUGACCCUCUGUGAGGGCUUUGGCCGGGGGGUGGGUCAUCACGAUGACCAUCACGACGACCACCAUGGACCCGCGCGUCACAACUCCCAUCACCCGAGCUCGCACCACUCCUACCAUGACACUGACCACCAUGGGGACCCACACUACCCACUGAACAACGGGCACCGAUCAGACCCACACCACAGAGGAAAGGACAACUCUGGGAGCAAGCAUGGGGCCUUCUCCCCUGAGCAGACUAGGAAAACACUACAGACACUCAAGGAGAGGCUGGAGAACUUGCAGGCCAGGAAUUCCUCCAGCUCCUACUCAAGCUCUCUGAGAGACCUCCUGCAACGCAAAGUCAAUGCACUUGAGAAGCAGCUCAACAAUCACUACGGUGGGCAUCAUGAUUAUGGUCACCAUGACGACCACCACGAUGACCACCAUGACGACCACCACGAUGACCAUCCUGACGACCACCACGAUGACCACCAUGAACCCGGUCACCACGAUGACCACCAUGAUGAUCAUCACGAUGACCACCACGGACCCGGUCACCACGACGAUCACCAUGAUGACCAUCACGACACCCACACCCCCACCCGCCACAACAACCGCCACAACAACCGUCAAAACAGUCACCAUGAUGACCAUCACUAUGACCGACACUAUGACCACCAUUAUGAUCGUAGCAAUGGCCGCCAUGACAUCCACCAUAACGACCACCAUGACGAUCACCAUGAUGACCAUCCCGAUGACCGUCUUGGUGAACACCAUGACGACCAUCAUGAUGAUCACCACGACGACCACCACGAUGAUCUUCACGAUGACCACCAUGAUGACCACCAUGGAAAUGGUCACCAUGAUGAUGAUCACCAUGGCAAUGAUGACCAUGGCCAUCACCCUCGUCCAUCCUAUAACAGCAAGCCGCCAGCUCCAAGACCUCUUGGCCGUGGACACAACAAGCUGGAAACUGUGCUGAGCCACCUUAACCACAGGAACACUGACCCUGGUAGCCGGAAAAAGCCAAAGAGUCCGGAUGCUUUCCAGAUUGGCUUCCCUAUGCGCACUAACUACAUGUAUGGAAGGAUAAAAAGGACCCUACUCAACGAAAUCUUCGCCCUCACUGUCUGCCUCUGGAUAAAAGGGGGAUCAGGGCCUGGCCUCGGCACGCCCUUCUCCUACUCUGUCCCGGGACAGGCCAACGAACUGGUUCUGAUCGAAUGGGGCAACAACCCCAUGGAACUACUGGUUAACGACAAGGCAGUGACGUUGCCCAUGGCAAUGACAGAUGGGAAGUGGCACCACCUGUGCAUGACAUGGUCAACACAUGAUGGGCAUUGGGAGGCCUUCCAGGACGGCGUAAAAAGGGGGUCUGGAGAGAACCUAUCUGCAUGGCAUCCCAUCAAGCCUGGUGGAGUCUUUAUUCUGGGCCAGGAACAGGAUACCCUAGGUGGCCGAUUUGAUGCCACCCAGUCCUUCGUGGGCGAGAUGUCAGACCUCCAAUUGUGGUCCCGCGUUCUCACACCCAAUGAAAUCUACAGCCAGGCUUCCUGCGGAGGUCACCUGGCGGGUGACCUCAUCUCCUGGACAGAGGCAGUGGUCGAGCUUCACGGCGGGGUCACCAAAUACCCCUUUGACCCCUGCCACUAAGGACUAACCCACUCUGCCUCAUCAAAAUGGCUGGUCACCAAGCCCCUGAUAUCAGUUAACCAGCUGUCUGGUGUGGCAGCAGGGCUCUGUGUGCUACGCUGCAGACACAUGACAGGCCCUUAGCAACAAACCAAGCUGGCCCUUAGCAACUAGAACGGGCCAUUCUGCUAUUUUGCCAUCCCUUUCCUCUCUGUUCUGCCUUACCCCUCGCUGGGCCGAGGAACUGGGAAGACUUUCAAAGAGCAAAGGCUGGAUUUAACUGAAUGGCCAUGACCGCUGCUGCUCCCGGGAUCCAAUACCGGUAAUAGGAUUCCCUGUCUCUAAAUGGGUCCACCCAUGUAUGCCCCGGCCUUAGCAAAGCCCUUUAUCAGUCAGGUGUUCAAAGAAUCAUAACAUUUUACUGGGACAUAUUAUGCUGGGAUAUGGUUCUCAAAAUCCUAAUACUCCAGAUGUUAUUUGUUCACCUUUCUGUUUUUGACUGGUGAGCAGGAUGAUACCAGUGACUAAAAGGAACGCACUGAGGUAGAAUGCUCAUAAACCAACUGUGGAACAUUUUGAAAUUAAUCAACUAAAGGCACUCAAAACAGAGCCAUGCAGAUAGCAAGUGUAUGAGGUAGAAGACAUUGAUAAUGAUUUGAUGAUUGAAUGUGAUGAAUGUGAGGUAUUACAUUGUAUUUUUUGUACAUGAAGAUGGAAGAUCUCAUCUAGGGAUUUUUUUUUUGGGGGGUGGAUUUUAGGACUCUAUCUUUCUCACAAAAAUGUUAGAGGACUAUUUUUUACUACUGUGUUGUACACACAAACAACUGAUCAACAUUCCACUGGAUUUUUCAGAUAAAUUUAGCUCGUACAAAUAGCUGAUGGUGUUCUGCUUUUGGUUGAGGAUUUGCUUUGUCUAUUUGCGAAAACAUUGUAUUUUUGUAAGUAUGCCUAUGUGUUUUAGAAAAGUUGAAAAUUGACAUUUUGUCAACUGGAUUAUCUGUUUUAAUACAGGAAUAUCUGUUAUAACACAGCAAAGCUUUUGGGUAUGGUUUCGAUUUGUAUUUCUAUCAGUGUGUCUGAAAUGGCUGCCAGGAUUUAUGAAACACCAGAGUUGAAGUUGUCAAGUCUGACAUGUGGACAUGAGCCUGCAUAAACACAGGUUAACUGGCUGUCAAGAGGUAUAAGGUAAUGCUGAUCUCCAUGGUAACUUGUGGUUUACAGUGGGAUUUACCUUACAAGUAGAGCUCUGAUCUAGAUGGACUAUUUCCGUGCUGUCAUAGCAUACACAUCCUCUUAAAUACAAUCACACAUGCAUGCACAUGCACACAAAACAGCUUGAAAAAAAAGCAACGCUGUAAUGGUCUAAAUGCUUAUAUUCACUGUCAACCUCACGUAAUGUUUGUUUUUCUAUUAAUUGGGUCCUAUGUUUUU